AUAGUCGAAUGUGUUCGAAAUGGUUAUCUAAAGCACUUUGGAGUUAAAUUUUAGCCAAUUUAAGCUUCGAUUCAAAUAAAACACAACACAACGUUGGAGAACAUUUAUUCAUGCAUUUACAAGAAUACGCACAUUUCAAACGGCGGUUGCUAGGCAACCCCAACAAUCAACAAUCACAACAAACAUUUACCUUCACCUUCAUUUAUCGACGUAUUCCACUCUUUUUAACUUAAACUAAUAAUCCAAUCAAUAACUAAAACAAGGCAGUCCUGAAACCCCCAAUUACACUUAGUCCCGAAGAAUAAAUAACGACACAGCAAAAAAAUGACAGCGGUAGAGUCGCCCGAUUUCAUCAACAUAGACAACACGUCAGCGUCUUCUCUCACUGAAGAUCUUCUAAUAAGCAAGAGUGUUAGAAUAGCAGACAUGGCCAGAUUAUCAACACCUAAACCUGUAAUGUACUUGGGAUCGACAACAGAGUUCCAAAGACAGGGAAGCGCGGUCCCUAAGACCCCCUUCAAACCUGGAACUGGGUACAGGUCGGGAACGGGCUUCAAACCCACGACGAAUUUCAAACCAGGAACGAGCUACAAACCCGGGACGGGGUUUAGACCAGGAACUGCGACUGAUGUGGUUAACAGACCCAUGACGGCAGUACGGGGGGCUGGAUAUACGUCUCACGGGAAACCCUUUGAUCCUUUGAACCAAGCGGCUUCAGCCCCCACACCCCCACUGGAGUUACAAAAGGAUGACUCACCUGAGCAGAAAAUACGUCAGCAGAAGGCAAAAAUCAUGCAACUGGUGGAAGAAGCAUGCAUUGCUGAGUGUGAAGGCGACUUUAGAAAAGCUCUAGCUAAAGCUAAAGAGGGCUCCAACAAAGAGAGAAUUUUAAUAAAAAUGCAAGAACAGAGCGACUUGGGGGACCUUCACGACAUAGAUUUAACUUUUGUGGUUUUAUUCACCCUCGGUAACCAAUACGCCGCAAAUGAACUCUACACAGAAGCCCUCAGUACCUACCAAAUGAUCAUCAAAAACCGCAUGUUUUCGAACGCCCAUCGCCUGAAAAUCAACAUGGGCAACAUUUAUUUUAAGCAAGGCCAGUACCAAAUGGCGGUCAAGAUGUACCGAAUGGCUUUGGAUCAAGUUUCUUCAAGCCAAAAAAAUUUACGGAUCAAAAUCAUGCACAAUAUCGCGAUGGUUUUCAUCAAAAUGGGUCAAUGGGAGGAGGCUAUUUCGAGUUUGGAGUACAUCAUGAGCGAGCAGGCUUGUCACAGAGCCGGCUUGCACUUGAUCAUCUGUUGUCGGGCGCUAGAAGAUAGAGAUAGAAUGAAAACGGCGUUCUCUAUGUUGUUGAACGUUCCGCUAGACGUAGAAGACGAAGAAAAGUACAACCUCGAGCAGGAUAAUCCAGAGGAUAUUCUGAUCGCGAUGGCAAUCCAAAACGACGACUUACACAAAUACGAAACGAAAUUAUGCAAAGAUGCCGAGUACUGUAUUUUGACGGCGGCGAAAUUAAUUGCUCCUUUGAUUGAAAACAGCUUUAGUAUGGGUUAUGACUGGUGCGUGGCUUCGAUUAAAAAUUCGGAAUAUGCACGACUUGCGUCCGAUUUGGAGAUUAAUAAAGCUGUUAUGUUCUUGAAGCAAAAUCAGCUUAGUGAAGCCAUUGAUACUUUGAAAGCUUUCGAGAAGGAUUCAGUGAUUGCCAUCAACGCAGCUGUGAAUUUGAGCUUCAUUUACUACUUGCAAGGAGACAUUGACAACGCGAUUAAGUAUGCUCAAGUUGUAGAAACCAGCGCCACUAAAAGCGCAGACGGCUACGUAAAUUUAGGAGCUUGCUUGAUGGCCAAAGCUCAACCAGAAGAAGCCAUAAGCUGCUUCAAAAAUGCCUUAGAGUUGGACCCAACACACUUUGAAGCUAUUUACGAUCUUGGGUUGGUACUCAAGCGUCAAUGCCACUAUAUUGAAGCCCUCCAGUGUUUCCAGCGCUUCUCCGGGUCUUUAGCCCUUCUCCCGACCGUCGUCUACCAAGUAUCCAACCUCCUCGAACUCAAAGGGGACAGCGAAGCCGCCGCCGACAUGUACCAGCAACUCCUGGGUCUGGUGCCCACCGACUCCGGUGCUUUGCAAAAGAUGGGCGAGUUGUACGACCACGAUGGCGACAAGCAACAAGCCCAUCACUAUCACAUCGAGUCUUUCCGGUACUACCCUGCCAAUCUCUCCGUCAUCAACUGGUUAGGGUCGUACUACAUCGAAAUGCAAGUCGUCGAAAAGGCGCUCGUGUAUUUCGAAAAGGCGGCUUUGAUGCAACCCAACGAACCCAAAUGGAACAUGAUGGUCGCUGGGUGCCACCGAAGAAGCGGCAACAUGCACAGAGCUUUGACGCUGUAUCAAGAUAUACACAAGCAAUUUCCGGAAAACGUGGAGUGUUUGAGGUUUUUGGUUCGGUUGUGUAACGACAUGGGGAUGAGGGAGGCACAGGAUUAUAUUCUGGAGUUGAAGAAGUUGGAGAAGGCGAAGGAGGUGCGGGAGAGGGUGAACAGUAGCAGACCUAUAAUGAUCCCUGCAGGUUCCCGCAGAAGCAAUAGUGGCUUGUCUUCAAGAGCAGGUUCUGGGUUCAGUCCGGUUCCCGAACAUGGACCCCUCAGGAGUCCGUUAAAUUCCGGCAGCAACCGCAAUUUGAGAACUUCUAGGUUGAUUAACGCACACAACAGUGCUGGUAGUACCGAUUCCGGCUUCGGACAACCCACGAUCGACGCCAGUUACUCGGAUCCUUUAGGUCCACAACCGAUACGACCUCGUACUGGAGCAGGGAAACCUCUGGAUUUCGACGACUUCGGAAACGACGAAUUGGGAGACGAUUUAUUACCAGAGUAGUCACUGUUAGUAGUUUUUAAUUGUUGUCCACGAAAAUAAAGCACCCUGAUUGA